AAUGGAUUUCGAUUUUAAGAGGUAUUAUAAAAUCAUUAUCAGUAAAAAUAUUGAAUACUUCUAAAUUAUGACGCACUAAGGGCUGAUUUGCUCGAAUUUGGAUAUUUAUAAAGAUUUUUAAAUAUUAAUAUUGAAUUAGAUGAAUAUCAUUGAAGAGAGCGAAUAAAAAUCUUCAAAGAGUGUUCAACAAAAUAAAUAAGCCUAAAAAAAAGAACUUAGGCCCCGUUCUAAUAUAGUCCCUGGGAUAUUCUAAGAAUAUAAAAGAACAUACGUAAAAGUGCCUCCAGUUUCUAAGGAUUAAUUGUCUAGACUUGUACUCAAGGAAGGGUUUAAAAUUAAAGAAGUAUGAUACUGCAUAAUGAAUUUAAUAGGCCGCUAAGAAACUUUCAAUCAAGUAUGCCACUGCUAAAACUAUAAUAUUUCAUCUAAGAGAGGAAAAGAAGUAAAUUAUUUAGGUAGGAUCGAAGAUGUGCUCAUAUACUGAACUGCAAUCAGGUAUGAUUUCAAAGCUGAGAGUUAUUUCAACAGCCUCGAAUGAUAUAAUUUCAAAUGUAGAAUAUCAAUUAGUCCCUUAAAAUCAAUCACAAAUUCAAUGAA